GGGUCGAUGUCGCUCCGAGGCGAGCUCUGAUUGGCCGGCGCGCGGCAGCUCCUCCGAUCUCCACCAAUCAGAGGCCGGCCCGGUACCGUCGGCGGUCAUCGAUUUCUGUCGUGUGGCUGACGUAGGCGGCAGAGUCUGCCGGCAGCAGUCACGGCGUAAGGUGAGACACGGACCGCGCCCCAGUCAGUGCCGAGCUGAUCCACACCGCGAGGGAUACACAGACGGACCACCGAGUGAGGCACGACACCAGCCAUGGCUUUUAUGGUUCCUGUGGUGAAGAAGGAGUGGGACAUAUACGGCAGUAGCGCCAAGAGCCGGCGAGAGCACGGCCCCCGCUCGGCGCGCAGUCGGACCACCUCUGAGAGCAGCCAGGCGUUCAGCCGCGGCCCCAGUUUCGGCAGCCGGCCGCCGGGCAGCUCGCUCUCCUGCUCUCCUGCCGUCGACGGAUGGCCGGCGCGCUACCAGAGCCGCUCCUCGUCGCGGGGCUCGAACCUCUCCCAGACGGCGUGCUCGCCCCCGAACCGGCUGGUGCCUCCCGCUCGGCGGCGCAGCAGCCAGCAGGCGGCCGCCGGCAGCCCCUCGCAGAGCGCGCCCGGCUCCUUCUCCGGCUUCCACCAUAAGGUGAUGGACCGCAUGAUGCGCGCCCUCCACAUGGGCGAGCGGGAAGACUCGCGGAAAGCCUGACAAUCAAAGCAAGCGGCGGUGGCGGCCUCCGCUCCCUCCGGGAAGCGGCUGUCCGCUGCCGCCGCACCGUCCGCGGCCGCGACCACCACCGCCGCCGCCGCCACCGCCGCCGCAGCUGCCGACGAGGAGGACCCGGACUCUGCUGAGGAGGCUCAGGAGCAGGAGGACGCCUCUCCGCCGGACAGCGCGAGCGUGUCUCCCACAGAGGAGAGCGCCGUCUCUCCCAGCGAGGAGUGCACGGAGGACUUGUCGCACGUGAUCCUCCAAUAGCCGGUGGUGGGCGCGCGCGGCGCCGGGGCCUAGCCUCGCCGCCGCCUGCUGCUGUGGACGGGAGCGUGAUGGACGCGGCGUUGGAAGGCUGUGAGUGGUGUAGAGGGACAGAUACUGGCUCAGCCAGUGCGGGUGUCGCCCCAGGCGAAGUUAAUGGAGGCGAUGAGAUGCCGCCCGCGUCCUACGGCAAGUACUGGUGUAAGCUGUUGGGUUGGUGUUUGCCUGAAUGGAUCGCGUCCCGCUGCGCUCGUGCUUGUUUUGUUGCAAUGUUUGACGCUGCGUGGCAGUUUCAAAGUUUACGCGUGUUGCGAUUUGCGAGCGAGUUUGUUUUUGUUUUGACCAAAGCGUGCUGUUGAUACUAUGUACGUAUGUGUUUUUAUGACCAUGACUUGAUCAUUGAUCACAAUUGUCAACAGGCCAUACAUAAUAAACCAAAUCCAAGAA